UACACUUUCUUUUGUUUUCGCCAGCGGCAAUUUUAAAAAUUUUGCGUAUUUUUAUAAUUUUAAUUCUGGUGACUAAAAUUUUUACUACUUUGAAGUUGAUGGUUACUAUUAAAAAAUAAAGCUAACUUUAAUGUUUUGCAAUUGAUUAUGUCAGAAAAUCUAGAAGACAUUUCCCUUUUGUGUUCAAUUAAAAUAUGCUAUCUCGACGGCAAAGGCAAUAUGACGCAAUCAAUUGCGAAUCCCAAAAGCUUUAUUCAUCUUGGAAGAAAUGAAUUUAGGGAUUUAGUUUUAAAAUUGGAAUGCGGAAAGAUUAACGCAUCUUACGAUGUUAAAGAUGUAACAUUACACACUAAGUUUUUUAAAGAGGGUAAAUCUACAAUAACUUUAAAAGACCCACCACUACAAAUUUUCAUUUCCAACUGUCCUACUGGAAAAUUGGGAAUAUUUUUGAAAACUUUAAUGGCAAAAGUUGAAAAACAUAAAACUGUUAAGGCUCCAAGUGUGAAAGAACGUCUUCAGUCUUUGAAACCUUCUAGCUUUCAAGAAAUAAGUCCUCUUACUGCAAUUGACAUGAAUGUUCUUAAUAACAAGGCUGCAGCAUUAGCAACUAAGCAAUCUACUUGGCCGCAGACUCCUAAAGCUGCAAAAAGAAAACAUGAAAAUUGUGGACAAGAAAACAAUACACCAAACAGGGUAUUGGAACUGGAAAUGCUCCUAUUCAACAAUGUAUUGAUCAAGUUCAAAGGAAAAUCAGAACUCUUUCAUGGAAACAAUGCAAACACUUGAUAGUUGAUGAAAUUUCAAUGGUAGAUGGAGAAUUUUUUCAAAAAUUGGAAAAAAUUGCAAGAGUAGUUAGGAAUAACGACAAGCCAUUUGGAGGUAUUCAGCUUAUACUUAGUGGUGAUUUCUUACAACUUCCACCAGUAUCUAAAAAAGGAGAAAACAAACUCUUCUGUUUUCAGAGUUCUGCUUGGGAUAAAUGUAUUGAUGUUAAUAUAGAACUUCAUGCUGUUAAAAGACAGAGUGAUCGAAAUUUUAUUCAAAUAUUGCAAGAUGUAAGAAAAGGACGGUCUAGUGCAGCACUUAUUCAGAAAUUGAAAUCAACUUCGAAUCAAAAUAUUGAUAAGGAUGGAAUUUUGGCCACAAAACUGAGCACACAUAAAGAUGAUGUUGAUAUCAUUAAUAAAUCUCAUCUUGAACAACUGACUGGUCAGUCUCAAUUUUUCUUUGCUGUUGAUAAUGCUCCUGAUCUUAGCCAAUUCAUAAAUAAUCAUUGCCCUGUGGGAAACAAGUUAGAAUUGAAAGUUGGAGCUCAAGUCAUGCUUAUGAAAAAUCUUGAUCUGCAGAGAGGGCUUGUGAAUGGUGCUAGGGGUGUCGUUCUUGGAUUUGAUCCUAGCAAACAAAAACUUCCUGUUGUAAAGUUUGCAUGUGGUGCAAAAGAAGUAAUCAACUAUGAAAAAUGGUCUUUCAGAGCUCAUAGUGGAAUGAUGUUAGUUAGGAAAAUGUUACCAUUAAAACUAGCUUGGGCUAUGUCUAUUCACAAAUCACAGGGAAUGACCUUAGAUUGUGUUGAAGUUUCUUUAGCUAGAGUAUUUGAAUGCGGCCAAGCCUAUGUAGCUCUCUCACGAGCUCGUUGCUUAGAUGGACUUCGUGUACUUGAUAUUGAACCAUCAAGUAUCCGAGCCAAUGCUCAAGUUUUAAAGUUUUAUUCUCAAUUACGUUUUGCUAACUCCUCCGAACAAUCAAGCAUAAAUGAUUACCUUGAUUAAGUAAAACAGUGACUUUUUAAUAAACUUCCACCUCAGUUUUCUCCAUACCAAAAAUUGACUGAUUUAUUUAUUUAUUUUUAUAAAUUGUAAAUCUUGUAACUAUCUGACUGACGUGGAUGUAUGACUCUAACUUUCAUAAUUCUUGAAAAAAAAAUUAUUAAAAAUUAUAAAUCCAAAUUAUUUUUUAUUAUUUUUCAACUAAUGAAUACUUUGCCCUUUUCUCAAGGAACAAUUGUAUUUAAAAUGCAUAUUAUUUUAUUUUUAUAUAUAAUUAGUCAAAAUAUAUGUAUAUUUAUGUUUGUAUAAAUUGUUUAAUACUAUUUUUCGUUGAUGUUUGCAUGCUGCAGCCAAAAUACCAGACUGGUUUAAAUAGCAUUUAAUUUUUUCUCUUUAAACUAUUUGUUCUGUUUGAUAUUUAAAAUGACUUUAUAUUUAUUCAUUUUUUUAGCAAAAUUACUUUUCAGCAAGUAAGAAAUAAUGCUAUUCUAUUUAUAAACUCUCUGAGCAUUUGAAUUGUUUUUUAAUAAAACUUUUAUUUUUAACCUAACCAGUUUCUCCCUAUUUUGAACAUACUGAAAUAACUUUUCAAAAUGUUUAAAACUCACAUUCGGCUGUAAUCUGGUUUUGUUAAAAUGUUAGUGCGUAUGCUAACGGGAAAUUUAAUAAUCUCUUCUCAAAUUAAGAAAGCUAGGAUUUGCUAGUAACUAUAAUUACUAGUUAACAAUUCUGUUCAUAUUUAAUUUUGAUCUUUCUAUUUGGCUAUAAGCUGAUUUUGUUAAAAUGUUAGUGCAAUUUCUAAAUGGAAAUUUUAUAAUUCAUUCUCGAAUGAAGAAAGCUGGGAUUUACUAGUUAUUAUGAUUUACUAUAAUUACUAGUUAACAAAUUAUGCAUAUAUUUUAUUUUAACCUUUCUAUAUAGAUUAUAAAUAAUUUUCAAAGCAAAUUUGAUGAUAAACAUUAUGUUGAUUGAGGUAUCUUUUUCUUUUCUUUUGUAUCAUAUAUUUUACAAUUUUCUCUUGUUGUAAAAAAUAUUGUUUUAAUCUUUAAAUUGUUCAUUUCAAGGCAAGUUGUUUUCAUUCCUUACAUUGAGAAUUUUACUGUUAUUGCUAAACAUUUCAAUGUUUCAUGAUUUUAUUUAUUUGAUGUGUGUGAAAUGCAAUGUGUUAAUAUUUGUUUCAAAUGAAAGCUUAUAAUAAUUUAUGUUUUAUUUAUUUCUAAAUUUUUUGUCAUUAUUUAUUCUGAAUUCUCUUUUGUCCUUAAACUUUUCAUGUUUAUUUAAAAACCAUUUCAAUCUAUUAUUUAUUACCUCGUUUGUUUUGUUUUUUUAUUCAUGCCAUUCCAGUACUUUUACAAUAUGAAAAACAUUGGUUUUCUUCAUUAAAGAAAUAAAGUGACUUUUUAAA